UCGUCAAAUCCGGCCCUCGCCUUCCCCUGCCUCGACGCCAUCGAAUCCCGCUCCGCCCGCCUCAGCGCCUCCAACUCAUCCUCAUCUUUCACCUCAUCCUCAUCUCCAACCCCCUCCUCAUCAUCAUCAUCACCCUCCACCUCCUCCUCCUCAGCCGGCCCCGAGCCCUCCUACACCUCGGGCGCCACCCAGACCUUCCACUGCGACUCCCCCCUCCUCCUCGACUGGGGCGGCCUCCUCCCGUCCUUCACCAUCGCCUACGAGACCUGGGGCCGCCUCAACGCCGACCGCUCCAACGCCAUCCUGCUGCACACCGGCCUGUCCGCCUCGUCGCACGCGCGCUCCAACGCGGCCAACCCGGCGCCCGGCUGGUGGGAAAAGUUCAUCGGCCCCGGCUGCCCCCUGGACACGGACCGGUACCAUGUCAUCUGUACAAACGUCAUCGGCGGCUGCUACGGCUCGACGGGGCCCAGCAGCAUCGACCCGGCCGACGGCGAGACGUACGCGACGCGCUUCCCCAUCCUGACGCUGCACGACAUGGUGCGCGCCCAGUUCCGGCUGCUCGACCGCCUCGGCAUCGACCGCCUCUACGCCAGCGUCGGCUCCAGCAUGGGCGGCAUGCAGUCCCUCGCCGCCGCCACCCUCUUCCCCGAGCGCGUCGCCCGCGUCGCCUCCAUCAGCGGCUGCGCCCGCAGCCACCCCUACAGCAUCGCCAUGCGCCACACCCAGCGCCAGGUCCUCAUGAUGGACCCCAACUGGAACCGCGGCUUCUACUACGGCCGCGUGCCCCCCCACGCCGGCAUGAAGCUCGCCCGCGAGAUCGCAACCGUCACCUACCGCUCCGGACCCGAGUGGGAGCAGCGCUUCGGCCGCCGCAGGGCCGAUCCCUCCAAGCCGCCCGCCCUGUGCCCCGACUUCCUCAUCGAGACGUACCUGGACCACGCCGGCGAGAAGUGGUGCCUCAACUAUGACCCCAACAGCCUGCUCUACAUCAGCAAGGCCAUGGACCUCUUUGACCUCGGGCACGACAACCAAAUGGCCACCCUGGCCCGCCGCAUCGCCCGCGAAAACUCCUUCGCCCCUUACGACGCCUCCUCCUCCUCGCCCCAAUGCAGCCUCACCCUCCCCAGCGAGCCCUACCAGGAACAGCCCGACUCCUCUUCUUCUUCUUCUUCCUCUUCCUCCUCCUCAUUCUCCCAACAAGGCACCACCACCUCAGACAACAACGCAGAGGGCUCAUCAGCCCCGCCACCAAACCCCUCCUCUUACCGUCCUCCAGAGGAUCUGAUAAAGGGCCUCUCCCCGCUGCGCGACAUCCCGACGCUCGUCAUGGGGGUGGCUAGUGACAUCCUCUUCCCCGCGUGGCAGCAGCGCGAGAUCGCAGAGGCCUUGCGGCUGGGCGGCAACCGGAGCGUGACGCAUGUCGAGUUGAGCGAGGAGACGAGUCUUUUUGGGCACGACACGUUUCUGCUGGACUUGAAGAAUGUGGGCGGGAACCUGCGGCUGUUCCUCGACUAG